AGUACAAUCUUCUCUAUAGCCGCUGCCACCCAACGUUCAGACGGUUGUUCUUCCUGCUCCAGUGGUUGGUUCAUUCACACUCUUUCCAGCUCGAAGAUCAAGCUGAAUCUGAGAUGCUCCCUCGAUUACUAUGAGUGAGUUUCUCGGACUUUAUUAUGCGUCUUCUUCUGAUUCCGCUUCUUGAAACAAGUCUCAGCCUUGUGCUCGUGAUUUUUCUAGGAUUUAUGGAAAAGCUCUUCUGCCGGCUAUAGACCAAAUGUCAUCCUUUCCUGUUAUCUCGAAUUUUGGGCUUUCUUCUUUACAAGAAAAGUGGAACUUUCAUAUUGUAAAGCCAAAAUGUUUGGGGAGAAAUAGCAUUCUAUCUUACUCAUUAUCUAAUUUUGGUGCUUCAUUUCCUGCCCCUUUCUUAGGGUUGAAUUAUAGAUUCUGUAAAUCUCAAAGAAGAUCAUUUCUUUGUAGCACAGAGAUUAGGUCAUUACUACAUGAGGAGAGAAAUUUAGGGAGGACCCAUUUAAGGGAACGGAAUAGUAAUGAAAUGAGGAGGAGGUUUUCUUUGAGAUUGCGCCCAAGAUUGAAAUUAUUGUCAAGAAAAAUAAAAAAUUUCUCCAUCAGGUCAUUCCUGAAAGUUUUUGGGACAUUCCUGCGAGGGAAUAUGAGAAUGACACUAUUUGUAUCUGUUUCUCUCAUCCUUGGCAUGUGUUUUUUGUUUCUGAGAUUGACUGCUAUGCCUUCCCCAAAAUCCGUUCCAUAUUCGGACUUGGUAAUGGGCCUUCAGGAUGGUUCUGUAACUAAAGUUCAAUUUGAGGAAGGCACUCGUCGUAUAUACUACAAUACAAAGUCUGAAACUGGAAAUGCCAAAAACACCAAAACGACUGAGGAUGGGAUAUUGGUUCCGUCUGGGAGUAUAGUUGGUAAUGAAGCAAGCAGCGGAAUCGUGAGCAGUGAUGAAUUUGGAAAUAAUAUCCUUCAAAAAUUGUCAGGAUACAGUAGGUCUGGACCUGUUUGGCAGUUUUCAACUAGAAAAGUUGAUCAUGAUGAAGGUUAUCUUCUUAGUUUAAUCAGAGAAAAGGGCACAUCAUAUGGUUCAGCCCCUCAAUCGGCACUUAUUUUAAUGAGGAGUUUGUUGAUUACCGCCUUGUCUUUAUGGAUUCCCUUGACUCCUCUGAUGUGGCUAUUCUACCGUCAAAUGUAUGCUGCAAACAUUCCAGCUAGAAAAAGGAGACCAGCUAACCAGUUAGUGAACUUCAGUGAUGUGGAGGGUGUGGAUACUGCAAAGGUGGAACUUAUGGAAAUAGUCAUGUGCUUGCAAGGAUCUAUAAACUACAGUAAACUUGGAGCAAAGUUACCUAAGGGGGUGCUACUUGUUGGUCCACCGGGUACAGGGAAAACACUGCUAGCACGGGCAGUGGCUGGAGAAGCAGGAGUGCCCUUCUUUCCUGUUUCUGCCAGUGAGUUUGUAGAACUAUUUGUAGGAAGGGGAGCUGCUCGCAUAAGGGAGCUGUUUAAAGCUGCAAGGAAGAACUCCCCUUCUAUCAUAUUCAUUGAUGAACUUGAUGCUGUUGGAGGAAAGCGUGGCAGAAGUUUUAAUGAUGAAAGAGACCAAACAUUGAACCAGCUACUGACAGAGAUGGAUGGAUUUGAAUCCGAUGCCAAUGUCAUUGUUAUUGCUGCAACAAAUAGGCCAGAAGCUCUAGAUGCAGCGAUCUGUCGACCUGGACGAUUCUCCAGGAAAAUAUUUGUGGGAGAACCAGAUGAAAAUGGGAGGAGAAAGAUCUUGGCUGUACAUUUUAAAGGAGUACCCCUUGAGGAAGAUAUGGAAUUUAUAUGUGGUUUAGUUGCAUCUCUUACCAAAGGCUUAGUAGGUUCUGACCUUGCUAAUAUUGUCAAUGAAGCUGCCUUACUUGCUUCUCGAAGAGGGGCUGAAUGUGUCUCGAGAGAAGAUAUACUGGAAGCAGUAGAACGGGCAAAAUGUGGAAUUGAUCACAAGCAAUCGCUUUUCGUAGGCAAGGAACUAGGGAAGUUGUUCCCUUGGGUACCUUCUCUAAUGAAGAGGAAUGAUACAAGGCGUGGUGAUGGAGGACAAGGGCCUUUAGGAUACCAGACACUGAGCUGAGUAUUGAGUAAAAUGCAAUAUGUUCUUGUAGCGUUUAUGUGACUGUGAUCAUCAAUAGUGUAAUAUGUACAACGCAUCAAGAUUGUUGAUUACUUCUUUUUUGAAUAAUUGAAUCUUUUUGAA